GUAAGAUUGUGGGACAAUCCACAGGCCCUUCUGAAAGGCUGUUGGUCAUUGUUCCAGUACAGCAUCUAACGGAUCGGAGGUUCUGCACCCUGAUUAGCGUGUCCGUUUAACAUCUGUUACAGCGAGCCUAGCUUGUUGAUCUUUGGGCGAUGCUUCAGCUGAAACAAUUUUUGAACACAAACCCUGCCGUACACGCAGCUGCAGGUUCGAUCUAACUGUACAAACACAUAAUUCAAAGCACUAAAAAACGAAAGUUGUAAAACUGUUUGUGACCAAGAGCCGGUUGUAUAUCAGUUUGUCAUUGUUACAUGGAAAUUUUUGAUCAACUAGAAUUUUAAACAGUGCCCCAAAAUGUUUAAAAAAGAAAUCGAAACUUUUCUUGUAAUAGCAGCUACGAUUUAUCCUUGUAUCCUUAGGAAAGGAAUCGGAGCUAGCAGUAACCUAUUCGUUGACCUUAUAUCAUUGAUUUUGCCGCAAUAUCUUGUGCUAUUGGACUAUAAGUUGGUCUACGUGUUGGUAAUCGUGGUGCUCACACCGUUUGUAAAACGAUCCAAUUUGUUCAAGGGAACAACAGGUUUGUCCAAAAGACGCCGCGUGAUGAGAACGUUGCAAACGGCAAUAACUGUGAACUGCAUUGUGAUAAACAUAUUGGAAAACGCUGGGGUCUUGAGCGACAGGUUCCGAUCGACCAUUUUCUAUGGAAUAUCGCUCGGCGACCUAUGCAAAAGCUCUGUAGUGUUGAUCGAAGGAUACAAGUGCGCCAGAAAGGCCAAUAACUCGAUCUACCAACGGUUUAUACUGUCUUUGAUGGCCGGCACCGUAAUAUGUUUUGUCAACAUAAUUAUGGGCACUAAGCACGAUAUUACACAAUAUGGUGCGAACAUAAACUUCUUUCUGGUACUAUCAUGCUCAUAUAUCCUGUUUAUGGUCUUCAGAAGUAAGCACAAUUUCAAAUUGGCUCUGUCCCUGAUGAUUGUGCAAGAAUAUUAUUUGAGGGUGGGGAGACUCGAUGAAAUCAUCUUUUCGGAAAAAAGAACAGGCUGGUUGAUGAGAAACAAGGAAGGUCUGAACGCAAUAUUGCCAACACUUGUUAUGUUCCUUUUCUCGUCAUAUAUUGGUCGAAAAAUGACCAACAGGAAAGCAACGUUGCAGGGCAUCUUGACAACAUUUUUUGUCACGUGUUUAUUUGUUGUAUCUUACGGGUACUCAAAUGGAAUGUCGUCUGCUUCCAGGCGAUUGGGCAAUUUGUCUUACACAAUGUUAUCGCUGUCUCUAUUCUUCGGCCAAUAUAUGGGUUUGUACGUUGCUGACUACUUUUUUCCCUUGAUAUUGACUGAUCUCCAACUUUUUAUUGGUCACCACAUGAUACUCUUGGUGUUUAUGUCUGAGGUCCUGAAAAUGAUCAUAACAGAUCUUGAAGUCGGUAUCCAUGCACGAAACGCAUAUCCAUGCAUCUCAAAUUUUCUUCUUCUUUCCAGUUUUAUCGUGAUAUUUUAUCUUUUUAGGUUGUGUGCGAAACCUAAAUAAAAUGUUUAUUGCCAAA